CUCCCUAGGGUUUCAUCCCAACAUCCUUGAUUAGGGUUUCCAGUACUGCUAGUAAGAGAGAUGUUGGGUUCUUUUAGUUCUUCUUUACAGUAUGAGGAAGAGGAGGAAAUACCAGUAUUACCAUCACAUCAUUUGCACUACCACCACCAUAUUCAACAACCACCACCACUGACGAUUACAUCUCCGGCAACCCAAUUGCGCCAAUUACUAAUAAGUUGUGCUCAUCUUAUCUCACAAUUCGAUUUCUCCGCCGCUCGCCGCCUUCUCACCAUUUUAUCCGCCAACUCUUCCCUUCACGGUGACUCCACCCAAAGAUUAGUCCACCAGUUCACCAAAGCCCUCACUCUCCGCCUCAACCGCCACGUCACGGCCUCCGCCACUAGUACUGUCACCGCCUCUAAUGUCAUCACCCACUUGGACUCAUACCUAUCACUCAACCAAAUAACACCAUUUAUUAGGUUUAGUCAGCUCACAGCCAAUCAAGCAAUCUUGGAAGCCAUUGAAGGCCAAGCAGUCAUCCACAUCCUCGAUUUUGACAUCAUGCACGGCGUGCAAUGGCCGCCUUUGAUGCAGGCAAUCGCCGACCGUUAUCCUCCGCCCACACUCCGAAUCACCGCCACCGGAAAAAACCCUAAUACCCUCCGAAGGACCGGUGACCGCCUCUCAAAAUUCGCCCAAACCCUCGGCCUAAAAUUCUACUUUCACCCACUUCUUGUCAUCAGUGACGAAGACAUUAUCUCCAUGGUGUCCCCAUAUAUACUACCAAAUGAAACCCUAGCUGUGAAUUGUAUGUUUUAUCUUCACAGACUCCUCAAAGACCGGGACAAUCUUCUAGUUUUUCUUCAUGGGAUUAAGGCCAUGAACCCUAAAGUGGUGACCUUGGCCGAGAGAGAAGCGAACCACAACCACCCCAUUUUCUUGCAGAGGUUUAUUGAGGCUGUGGACCAUUAUGCGGCGGUUUUCAACUCCUUGGAGGCUACUCUGCCGCCUAACAGCGGCGAGAGGCUGACGGUGGAGCAAGUGUGGUUCGGGAGGGAGAUUUCGGAUAUCGUGGCGGAGGAGGGAGAGGGCAGGAGGGAAAGGCAUGAGAGGCUGAGGUCUUGGGAGGUGAUGUUGAGGAGCUCAGGGUUUGAGGGUGUUUCUUUAAGCCCUUUUGCACUUUCACAGGCAAAGCUUCUCUUGAGGCUACACUAUCCUUCUGAGGGUUACCAAGUUUUUAGUCUAAACCAUUGUUUCUUCUUAGGUUGGCAAAAUCAACCUCUAUUCGCAGUUUCUUCGUGGCACUAAAUAUCACAUACGUACAUAUAUAUAUAUAUAUGUUGAUCAUGCGCGUAAAUGGGUGCAUUCUGAAUGAUCAUGUAAAAAUCUGUAAGAAAACAGCAGCUGCAAUUGCUAGCCUCCUGCCUAUAUAAUUCCCAUCUAGCUACCUACCUUCACUCAGGUUUUUCUUCUAGUGAUCAUGAAACUGAAUUUUCUGUUCUAUACUACUAUUAGCUACUUGGAAUGAAUAGAUAUAGAUUUUAUGAUUAACAUACAUAAUCUUAGUGUUACUUUUUUUUCUCCUCCUUUUAAAUUUCCUUUUUUUAAUGUAAGAUUCUAUAACCAAAUCUACUUAAUUUCAGCCUUUCGAUCAAGAGGCAACAAAA